AUGUCAUCACGGAACGCUCCCUCCUCUCCCAAGGCCCUUUCCGCGGGCUCAUCUUCCUUCUACACCCAACGCGCUGCCCUCAUAAAUGACAUUUCCCUUGCCAUGGAACAUGUCCUGCAAAACAUCAACAAAUUGAAUCGGAGUCUCGAGGGCGUGAUCACGGUGGGCAACGAGUUUGGUGCCGUGGAGGCCUUGUGGUCGCAAUUUGAGGGAGUGAUGGCGAAAGAUGAGACUGCGGAAGCGGAGAAGGAGGAGGGAAGUGAAGGGGAAGAGGAGGAAAGGGGGGAGGAUAGUGGCGAGGAAGGAGGAGGGGCGGAUGGUGGUGAGGUGAGGCAGGCGAAGACGGGGAGGAAUAGAUCGGGCUCUCGUGGAAGAUGA